AUGGUGUCUUCGUGGAUUCUAAGUUCCAUCUCAAAAGAAGUUGUUGAAAGUUUCAUGUAUAGGAAUACAUCUAGAGACCUUUGUGUGGAGCUGGAAAACAGAUUUAGAGAAACUAAUGGUCCUCUAGAAUAUCAGUUGAAAAAGGAAUUGGCCUCCACUUCUCAAGGAUCUAUGACAAUGUCAACAUAUUUUGCAAGAUUGAAGAAGCUUUGGGACGAAUUGGCGUGUAUCACACGAACACCUAAGUGCACAUGUGAAGCAGCCAAAGAAACUGCAGAAAUCAAGAUUCAGGAUCAAGUCAUUCAAUUCCUCAUGGGAUUGAAUGAAGUGUAUGAUCAUGCCAGAGGACAAAUUCUUACAGUGGAACCCCUUCCUGAUAUUAAUAAGGCCUAUGCCAUGGUCCUCAGAGUGGAGAAACAAAAGGAAGUCAACUUCGGGCAACAAUACUCCGUUCCUAAAGUGGCUAUGCAAGCAUUCAAAAGGCUUGAGACACGAAAACCUUUCCAGAAGAAGAAAAACACAGUGGAUAAAGGAAAUCAAAUCUGUAAAGAAUGUGAUAAAUCAAGGCAUUUGAAGGAGGUACUGAAGACAGAAACGAAAAUGUUCCCUGGUGGAUUCAAGCCACAGACCUUGGUACUAACUGACACAGGAUACAAUGAUUUUUCAGAUUUAGAUUCUGAAGAGGAUGAUGAUGUAGAACGAACUACAGAUCUUGCAGAUGAUAUAAUGAAUCCUACUGACCCUGAACAUAAUGAAAACAUAGUCCCUAGAAGUUCCACUAGACAAACCUGCAGACUAACUAGAUUAGAUGACUAUGUAUGUUGUUUCAACGAUGACUUACCUAGAAUUACUUAUUCAUCCUUACUUCAUAAAUGUUUUGUUGCUGCUACUGAAAAUCCCUAA